AUGAGUAAUAUCCCAUCGAAAGUCAGCAAUGGCUCCUUGGAAUCCAGCGUGUCUAAUACUGGUAUCGAGAGACACUCGGGAGGUGCAGGCCAGACUGGGCUGGGAAACUCUGGGAACACCUGCUACCUGAACUGCAUCUUGCAGUGUCUCUGCAACACUACUCCAUUGGUGGAAUACUUCAUAACUGGAGCUUAUGCAGAUGAUCUAAACAGAGGUCAGGGAGAAUUAUCCAAAGCAUUCUCAGCUUUAGUCAUGGACAUGUGGCUCGGAGAUUGCGUUUAUGUCUUUCCUGAUGAAGUGAAGCGAGUCCUUGGCAAACUGCAUGCAUCAUUUUCUGACGGCACACAACAGGAUGCUCAGGAGCUGCUGCUUUUUUUCCUAAAUGUUCUCCACAAUGACCUGAAGCAAUCUACAGGAGUGAGAAACGUGGAAACUUCAAUUAUUUCAAAGAUGUUUCAGGGUCAACUGAACUAUGUCAAAUUGUGUCUAAAUUGUUACCACAAGUCUAGCCAAACUGAGAAUUUCCUGAGUCUGUCUCUGCCGAUGCCUCCUGAUAACAGAUGCUCCAUUCAGGAUUGUCUCAGAUUGUUCUUUAAAGAAGAGGUGCUGAGCUCCAGGGAUCAACCUUUUUGUUCCUUUUGUGGAAGGAAGCAGGACCAGGCAGAAAGUAUCCAACUGCUGAAAGCCCCUGAUAUAAUUAUCAUACACCUGAAACGCUUUGAAUCUGAUGAUCAUGGCAAUAGGAAACUGACCAGUACUGUGACCUUUCCACUUGAAGAUCUUGAUCUGUCCCAAUAUACAACCAAUUCAUCAAUGCAGCAGCUGAAGUACCAACUUUAUGCUGUUGUGAAUCACACAGGCACUUUAGACAGUGGUCACUACACUGCCUACUGCAAGAAUCCAGUUACACAGAACUGGCAUGAAUUCAAUGAUGCAAAAGUGACCAGCAUUUCUGAGCAGAAGAUCCAGUCACCAGCAGCUUACGUUCUUUUCUAUAAUUGUGUCAAUUUUCAGUGGCCGCAGUAA